AUGUUUUAGAGGAAUAAAAAUGCAAACUAAAAGAUUUAAUACUUUAAUCUUUUUAAUAACCAUUUUAACUUAAAAGAUAGGUAUAAAUUUACAAGUAUUUAACCUGAAAAUGUUGAUGUUUAAAGAAUUAUUUUAGAAGAAACUAAAGUACAGUUAGAUUUUAUAAGAAUUCAAAAAUAAAAAGAUAUUAAAAUUAGAGUCAUUUUAUCAUACAACAAUUAAUAUUUAUAAAAUUAGUAACCUAUUCUUCAAUACAAAACUCAAUGCUUAACUCAUACAAAUAGCUAGAUUCAAAAAAGAUUACUAUAAAAAUCUUGUACUGGUAAUACUUAUUAUGAAAUUGUAUACUAAGAAUGUAUGUAGUGUGGAUAAUAUUGUUAUGGUUGUACAAACUAUUACUAGUGUAAUGAUUGUAUUAAAAAAGAUUUAAGAGGUAGAUAUGAUUAUUUAUAUGAUAAAACUUGUGGUACCUGUAAUGAUGGAUUAAAGAGUUCAACAUUUAGUAAUCAAUGUAAAGGAAAGUCAGAUAAAUGUAAAGAUAUUUCAAGUGAUGGUAAAUAAUGCAAGAGUUGCAAAGAUAGUAGUCUUUUUAUUAACGAAGAAUUAGCAACUUGUUAAAAUUGUGACACUAAUAAUGGGUGGUAUAUAAGUGGUUAGUAUUGUAAAAGGUGCCCAUAUCAAUGUUUAUCAUGUAAAGGACCAAAUCCUAAUGAUUGCAUUACUUGUAGAGAUAGAUUAGUGAAAAAUGAUGAUGGUACAUGCUAUAAUCCUAAUUAACUUUGCUCUGAUGGUUAUUAUAAAUCUUAAUCAAAUUGUGUUAAAUGUCCAAGUAAAUGUACAAAAUGCGCAUCUGACAAAAAAUGUGAUGAGUGUGAAGGAGGUUCUUAUAUUAUGCAGAAUUAAUUAUGUGGAGAUUGUUUGAUAGGUAAAGGAGAAUUCAUUGAUGGGAAAUAGUGUUCUAAGUGUUCAGAAUAUUGCUAAUCUUGUUAAAAUAUAUAAACAUGCUAAGUUUGCUAAAAUAGUUAUUAUUUGAAAGAAGAUAACUCAGGGUGUAUGAGCUGUGUUUAAAAUAGCUAAUAUUUUAUUGAUGAGAAAUAUUGUAAAUUAUGUGAUUCUAAUUGUUUAACAUGCUCUGAAAAUAAAACAAAAUGUUUAUCAUGUGUAGGAGGGCUUUUUUUAACAAGCGAUAAUAAGUGUAUAAAAUGUGAUUAAAAUGGAUUUUAUAUUGAGGGAUCCAAAUGUUUACCUUGCAAUCCUGAAUUAAAUUGCUAAAAAUGUAAUAGCAGUAAAUCUUGCACUGAGUGUAGUCCUGGACUAUUUAUUUAAUCUGAUAUAAAUAAUGGAUGUGGUAUUUGUAAGGAUGGUUUUUUCACAUCAGGUAAUUAUUGCAAGCGUUGCAAAGAAAAUUGUUAUAAAUGCAAAGAUUUGAAUAAUUGUGAAAAGUGUGCUGAUGGAUUUUUUUCCAAAAAUGGAAUUUGUACUUUAUGUCCUGAAGAUCUAAAAUGCAAAACUUGCUCAGAUGAAAAAACUUGUACCAGUUGUAAUAGUGGUGAAUUUAUUUAGCCUAAUAAUACAUGUAAUACUUGCAAAGAAGGAUAUUACAUAGACGGUAUAUUUUGUAAAAAUUGUAAAUAAAAUUGUUUAAAAUGUAGCUCAUAGGAUACUUGUAGCUAAUGUACUGAUGGAUAUUUUCUUAAAUCUGGUAACUGUGAAUCUUGCAAUCCUUCAUUAAAUUGCUUGACUUGCUCAGAUAAACUUUCUUGCGCAUCUUGUUCUAAAGAUAAAUAUAUAAAUCCAGAUGGUAAAUGUGAUUUUUGCUUAGAAGGGUAUAUUAUUGAAAAUUAAUUUUGUAAAAAAUGUUCAGAUAAUUGUUAAAAGUGCUCAUCAGUAUCUUAAUGUAUUUAAUGCUCUUAGGGAUAUUUCUUAAAAGGUAAUGUAUGUAAAUAAUGUACUCCUUAAAUGAAUUGCUUAACUUGCUUAGAUGAAAGCUCUUGUGAAUCUUGUGAACCAGGUAAAUUUAUUUAAAAGGAUGGAAAAUGCGAUAAAUGUGAAUAAGGAUAUUACAUAGAAAAUAAAUAUUGUAGAUAAUGUAAAAUUGGAUGUACUAUCUGCACGUCAUACUUUAAAUGUGAUUAAUGCAUGCCCUAGUUUUAUAAAUUAAAAACUGUAUGA